CCUGAGUACGUGCAGGGUCAGCAAGCUAGCUAAGCGAUAAAGAAACUAGCUCACAAAGCUGCAUGUAAGCUUGUAAAUCUAGCUAACUACUAUGAAAAUGAAAAAGUCUCUGGUAAUGCCAUCUAUUGCAAGCAUGGAUGAGGAGAUUAGAUCAGUAUCGUGUGAGGAUUUUGAGGAGGAAGAGGAGACGCUUGAGGAAUCCAUUCUGUCAAUUGGAUCAUCAAUGACACCACUAGAGUUCAGGGAUUCAGUGGACAAUGCUCUUCGACUGGCUGUGCCCGACAUCAGACACUCCCUUGUUUUGCUGCUGGAUCUGGAGACCAAUGAGUUGGCCUACUUCAACUCUGACGAUAGCUGCCAGCCCAUGCCCAAGCAGGGGAUGGUCUGGGAGGCAGUUCGGAGGAGAGUCCCUGGUUGGAGCCAGACUUCCAUUCCUGAGGAUGACCCCAUUCACGGUCUGCUUCCUAACCUAGGGCCUCUUGUAGAUAAAGAAGUUGUAUUGCUCAAUCCGAUUGUGGAGAAGAAAGACAACAAAGUGGUCGCCCUUUUAAUAGCUGUGUGUAAUGAGCCAUCACAAGAGAGGAUACACUGGCUGGAGAAGAAUGUGUUAGUGGCUGCAUCACGAGUGCUCAAGCACACAGCUGCAGAGAAGGGUAAGAGGAGGGCAGAGAGCAUGCUAGAUGUGUGCGGUGACCUCAUUGACCUGGACACUGCCUGUCUCACUAUCAAGAUCCUUAAACAUCUCAAGCAAAUAUUGGAGGUGAAGAUGUGCUACAUGUUUAUCCUUGACGACAGUACCCAGGAGCUCGUCUGUCAGGUUUUCAACGAAGUUCCAGUUGACAACGAAAUCCGACUUCCAAUCUCCUCCCAUAGUCUGUAUGGCCACUGUUUCACCACUGGGGAAACUAUCGUUAUCAAGAACAUCUCAAAGGAUAUGAGGUUCAAUCCUGCUGUUGAUAUUGUUAAUGGUUACGAGCCGACCAUGAUGAUAUGCAUGCCAAUGAAGGUGCCGAUGAAGGUACAGCAAGAGGAUGGAAGUGAGCAGGAGUUCAUUGCUGUUGCUGUUGCUUGUGACAAAAUCAACGGAAAGAUGUUUAGCACAAGAGAUCGAGAGAACAUGAGGUUUGUGCUUCGGUUCAGCUCGUCGGUACUGGACAAUACGCUGGCCUUCCAGAGAGAGCUCAAUCUUAAGAAACAAAACCAGGUUCUCCUACAGAUUGCCAAAAAUCUUUUCAGCAAUCUUAGUGAUUUGGAGCACCUCCUUCAACAGAUCAUGAACGCGGCUCGUAGUCUGAUUAAUGCUGAACAAUGCUCAGUGUUCCUACUGGACCAGCACACUGGGGAGUUGGUAGCCAAGGUUUUCGAUGGAGGACUGCCAGACAAACAGAAAACUAUCAGCAUCAAGGUCGGGCAGGGAAUUGCUGGCUAUGUGGCAGAAACAGGCACGGUGGUGAACAUCUCUGAUGCGUACCAGCACCCCAAAUUCUUCCAGGCUGUGGACAAGAAUACAGGGUUCCACACAAAAAACAUCCUUUGUUUCCCCAUCAUGCUAGAGCAGGAGAUUGUGGGUGUGGCUCAGCUCUGCAACAAAAUCAAUGGUAAAUUCUUCACCAAGUAUGAUGAGGAGCUUGCUACGACAUUCUCAGUGUAUUGUGGUAUCAGUCUAUAUCAGACCCGACUGUACGCUAAGAUGGAGGAAUCUCAGUCGAGAAGUCACCUGGCCAAUGAGAUCAUGUUAUAUCACAUGGAUGUGUCAGCUGAGGAGACGGGGGCUUUGGCUCAAGCAGAGAUCCCGCCCUGCUCUCAGUGGGAUCCUCAGUUCUCACGUCUCACCUACUACCCUAGCAACGUGGAGGACUCUGACUCUGUCAUGGCUGUAAUGAGCAUGAUGAAUGAGAUGAACUUGAUCAAUAAGUGGAGGUUGGACCAAAGUAUACUAGCAAGUUUUAUUGUACGGGUGAAGAAGGGUUACCGUAAUCCUCCCUACCAUAACUGGGACCAUGCCUUUUCUGUCAGUCACUACUGUUACAGCCUCUUUAAGAACUGCUCCAGUUUGGACCUCCUUGAUGACAUAGAAAUCCUAGCUCUCUUUGUGUCCUGUAUGUGUCACGACAUUGACCACAGAGGCACCAACAAUGUCUUCCAAGUCAGAUCUAAUUCCACCCUGGCUUCUCUGUACAGCUCAGAAGGCUCUGUACUGGAAAGGCAUCAUUUUGCUCAGGCAGUGAGCAUUCUCACGUCAAAAGGAUGUGGUUUGUUCGACCACCUCACCCCCACUAACUAUAGAAGGAUGCUUGACCUCAUGCAACAGAUUAUUCUGGCCACAGACAUUGCAGACCAUCUCAGGAAGAUGAAGGACAUCACAAAGAUGGCAAAAGAUGGCUACGACCGGAGCAACUCCACCCACCAUCAACUGCUCUGCUCGGUCCUCAUGACUGCCUGUGACCUAUGCUUCAACACUAAGAGCUGGGAGGUCUCAGAGGAAUUGUCUAGCCUCCUCUAUCGUGAGUUCUUCACACAGGGUGACCUUGAGAAGGCCCUUGGAGAGACACCACUGGAGAUGAUGGACAAGGACAAGGCGUAUAUACCUGCACAGCAAGUUGGGUUCCUCAAUGGCAUUGCAGGACCUGUCUAUGAGGUGUUGUCACAGCUACUGCCAGGAAUGAAGUAUUCUUACGAGUCUUUUGAGGCCAACAAAGCCAAGUGGACUGAACUGAGCAAAGAGGGUGAGCCGCCUUCACCAGAACCAGACUAAACUCAUUAUUGUUUCUCAGCCAUUGCUACAAUAAUGUGAACAUUAAUUUUUGUUAGUUGUAUUAUUGGUUAUAUUUUUUUUAUUAGAAUUGAUCUUGCACGUGCGUACCUUAUCUAUUGCA